AUGUCCACAUCAGCAUCUGAGGAUUCGAGUAGGAAAUGGAUACUUUCGAACCCGGUGAUUGAUAAUCCGAUUUAUGACUUCUUCGAGGAGCCAAUUCCUCAUUCCUUACCGAUUUUCGACACUGAGGAUCACACCUAUACCUAUCUUGUUGAUGCAUCAAUUCUAACCAAAUCAAUGUUUUCUAGAUUGCCCAAUGCUGAGUUUUCACAGAAUGAUCACAACACAGAAACUACUCCAACUAAACUGGACUUAGAUGCUGAGGGUGCCAAUGUUGAGUUGUCACAAAAUGAUAAACUCGACCUAAAUGCUGCUACUGAUCCCCCACUGCCAGAGGGUUCUGCUGAAUUGUCACAGAAUGACAAGAGCCAAAGUCCAAGCAAAAAGGACCUAGAUGCUGUUGCUGCUCCCCCACUGCCAAAGGGUUCUACCGCUGCCAAUGAUGGGUUGUCCAAGAGCGAAAUUCCAAGCAAAAAAGACCUAGAUGCUGGUGCCAAUGCCGACUUGUCACAGACUGACAAGAGCGAAAGUUCAAUAAAAAACAAAAAUCUAACUGCUGCUCCACUUGAACAAGUCAUUCAUCGUGUGGCUACCCAACAUGUUAUCGUUGUGGAAACUGGAGAGGAUGUAGCUGAAAAAAUCAUUUCCCUUGCUAAGGAUGGACCAAAGUCUGUUAACAUACUGUCUGCAACCGGCAAAAUAGCCAAAGUGAUAAUUACUAGAAGACAAGCAGAGAUUGAAACACAUGAGGGACUUUAUAAUAUAGUGUCUCUAUCUGGUUCCUUCAAGUCCGAUGAGCUUGGCGUGACAGGUGGAUUAUACAUAUCUUUAGCAACAGAUUAUGGAAUAUCCUUUAAAGGUCGUGUGGCGGGUGCACUAACUGCUGCAUCACCAGUUGAGGUUACUAUUAGGAUUGUUACUUCAGAGGAAUCCUAG